AUGACUACGGUCUUCCAACCCGGCAACACAGCCGUCAUCACCGGCGGCGCCUCGGGCAUCGGGCUCGCCCUCGCCAAGCGCUGCGCCGCGGCGGGCAUGCGCGUCCUCGUCGCCGACCGGGACGCCGCCGCCCUGACCGCCGCGCCCGCCGCCGCCUGCGCGGGCGCCGACAACGACACCUCCGACGUCCUCACCGUCGAGAUGGACGUCUCGUCCCCCGAGGGGUGGGCCGUGCUGCGCAGGCGCGUCGACGACGAGUUCGGCGGCAGGGUCUCGCUGCUGGCGCUCAACGCCGGCGUCGGGGGGGCGCCGUCGCGGUGGGACAGCGCCGAGAGCUUCCGGCGCGUGCUGGACGUGAACCUCGGGGGCGUCGUCAACGGGCUGGCGGCGUGCCUGGACGCCGUGCGCGCCGCGGCCGGCGGUGGGAAGGCGGCGGUGGUGAUCACGGGGUCCAAGCAGGGCAUCACCUGCCCGCCCGGCAACCCGGCGUACAACGCCUCCAAGGCGGCCGUCAAGGCGCUGGCGGAGCACCUCGACUACGACCUGCGCGCCGAGGACAACGUCGGCGUGCACCUGCUCGUGCCCGGCUGGACGUUCACGGGGAUGACGGGCGGCGGCGGCGCCAGGGAGAAGCCGGCGGGGGCGUGGUGGCCGGAGCAGGUGGUCGAGUUCCUGGAGCGCAGGAUGGCCGAGGGCAAGUUCUACGCCGUGUGCCCGGACAACGACGUGAGCGAGUCGACGGACCGGCGGCGGAUGCUGUGGAGCGUCGGGGACAUCGUCGAGGGGCGGCCGCCCAUGUCGCGGUGGAGGGAGGAGUGGAAGGGUCCUGCGCAGGAGUGGAUGGACAAGCAGAGCUUGUGA